CAAAACCUUCCAUCGCGCUCUUUCUCUUCCAAACCGGCCCACGGGUACCUCGCCUCGCACAAUAAACCAAAGCUCUCUCACCAGCUUUUCUUUUUGUCUCUCACUCGCCGACCUCUCCACUGCGACUUUGGAGCUGCCCUGCAACCUCAACCCCACCAUAGCUGCCCCGCCACACUGCACGCGCCCUAGACUGUGGGCUCACCUUUGUGAUACCAGACCUGCGAAGGGCUGCAAGCCUUCUAAACACCAGCCAUGGCGCCCUCUUCGGUCCCGCCCAACCCGACCGCCCAUAACGUAGCCCAGCUGCUUCCCCGAUUCGCCGACGAUGACCCCGAUUUCCGCUUCAUGGCCUUGAGCGACCUACACGACAUCCUCCAAGUAGCGCAUCCUGGCCUGCUCCUCCACGAUGAUGUUGUCUCGGCAAAGACGGUCGAGGGACUGCUCACAACACUGGUCGACACCAAUGGCGAGGUUCAGAACCAAGCCCUCAAGUGUCUGGGGCCCUUUGUCAACAGGAUCAAUGACAAGACGCUGCCUGUCAUGAUCGACAAGCUCUCUACUCUCCCCACAGGCAACACAGUCGACCAGUCCAUACCCGCCAUGGCCCUGCGAGAAGUCGUCAUAUCACUCCCCCGUCCCACCGCCGGCGCUGCGCGCAGCAAGUCGGUACUAGAUGCAUACAGCGCCAUCAGCAGGGUCCUGAUUCCGCGUCUGAUCGGAUACAAUGUCAUACCACCAGCCCAGCAGGGCUUGACUCAGCCGCCCAAGGGCAUGUUGCAGGACGAUCUGGAAAAGGGCUCAGACAGCAACGCCCUCGAUGUUCUCAUCGAAGUCGGUCGGUGCUUUGGUUCCAUGUUGCAGGAUGUGGAAAUCCAAGCACUGCAGCAGAUUACUUUUGCAAUCCUCGAGAACGACCGAGCAAGUUCCAUGAUGAAGAAGAAGUCCGUCACAGCCGUCUCGGUAUUGGCUGGCUACUUUUCAGACCAGCUACUGAGCAAUUUCCUUUCAAAGGUCAUCGAACUUCUACGUGAUCCCCAUAUCACUCGCAGCAAGCGGAAACUGUACAUCACCAUUCUAGGAUCCAUGGCCCGUUCCAUUCCACGCAAGUUCGGUCCCUACCUGAAGACACUGGCGCCUUUUGUCCUCAGCGCAUUGAGCACACAAGAGCAAGACGAAGAGAUGGACGUCUCGGACGACGAAGGUGAACGUGACCCCGAAAUCGACGAGGUGCUGGAAGCCGCCCUUAUCGCUUUAGAUGGCUUCCUUGCCUCUUGCUCGCAGGACAUGCGCAUGUACACCAACGAAGCCAUCGAAGCAGCAACACGCUAUCUCAAAUACGAUCCGAACCUCGCGCAAGACGAUGAUGAAGAUGACGACGACAUGCCGAGUGACGAAGAAGAUGCGCUGGAGGGUGAAGACUUUGAAGAAGAGACAGGCUACGAUGAUGAUGAGGACGCGAGCUGGAAGGUCCGUAGGUGUGCAGCCAAGGUGCUGUACACUCUGAUUUCUACGCGAAGCAAUGGCGAUCUUCUCGAAGACGGAACCCUUUAUGAGCGGGUUGCCCCAGCACUCAUAACGAGAUUCAGAGAGCGGGAGGACAACGUCCGUCUGGAAGUCAUGGCCACGCUAUCCAACCUCAUCAAGAAGUCGGGUGACGGCCCCUCGCCUGUCAAAUUCUCGGAUGAAAUUCAUCAAAGCGGGAUGAUGCUACCACCGCCAAGCAAGAAGCGUCGCCGUGGUGGUAGUGAUGCCAGCAUGUUUGACCUGCAGGCUAGCUCAUCUUUGUCCAUGGGCUAUGCUUCACCAGCACCAGCUAGUACACCUCCAGUCGGUCCCCGGGCCAGCUUAGCCAAGCUCAGCCCGGACAUCGUCAAGGGCAUUGCGCAGCUUCUGAAGCAGUCAUCAUGCCCGCCCACUACUAAACAGGCAUGCAUCUCUCUAAUCAAGGACAUCGUUAUCACCCAGCGUGGUGGUCUGGAUGGUUAUCUGAACCAACUCAUCGGCCCUGUAGUAGAAGCUGCCAAGGUUGCUGGGGGCACCACAAGCAGUGCUUCCGCCACCGCCAAUAGUUUGCGCACUCAAGCAUUGCAGCUGAUAGGAGCCAUUGCCGACACUCAUCCUUCCAAGUCCAUUCAGCCGUAUGUGGCGUCCAUCAUCGACGCGCUUCUUCUUGGGGUCAAGGACAAAUACAGCAAAUUGUCUAUAGAGGCUCUCGCAGCAACAGAACAAGUUAUCAAGGCGCUCACACCUCCCCGAGCAGCCACAUCCGGAACGGAGAACCAGCAGCAUCUGGAGCAACUAUUUGAUGCGCUGUUCAACCGGAUAUCAGCGAAUGACGCCGACGUUGAAGUUCGACGGAGUGCUAUCCACGUUCUGGGACUGUUACUUGGUAGGAGCUCUGGCGAGCAGGGCCUCCUUUCAUCACAGAAGCGAACGUCUGGACUUGAACUUUUAGCGGACCGCCUGAAGAACGAGCUCACACGGCUCGCUUCCGUACGUGCUGUUGAUUCGGUUGCUGCCCAUACCAAGGCGCAAAACGAGUUGUCAGCCGAGUGGGUACAGAAUGUCGCACUGGAACUGGCUGCGCAACUGCGGAAGGCCAGUCGUGUAUUGCGUGGUGCCAGUCUGAGCGCCCUCCGUACUCUCGCACUGAACUCGCUGUCGCGGAGCCAGCUCGAUAGCCAGACCAAAGCGCAGGUGGUGGAGAUGCUGCUACCGCUGCUCAACGCUAGUGACCUUCAUCUCCUAGGCCCGGCUCUUAUCAUCCUGGCUACGUUCGUCAAGGAUGAUGCGCAAACCACAAUGACAUCCAACCUCAACGGGGCUCUUUGCCAAGUUGCUCAAGGCUCAAUAAGCGGUACGCCGUUAGAUGCACUUCUCAAGCUAGUGCGUAUUAUCGGCGAGCAACGCGCUGGACAAGCCUUAAUGCAAGCGCUGCUACAACAGGUUGGUGUAUCUGGGCAUCCAGAGGUUGUCGGCAAGGUCAUCGGUAACCUGCUCGUAUAUGGCGGCGACAGUGUUGGCGUGAAGCUCGAGCAAUUCAUCACCGAGCUUGAGACUGCUCAGGACGACAAGCGAAAGUGUCUUGCUCUUGUUGUGCUUGGAGAGUCUGCGUUGCGCCUAGGCGCUCAAUCUACCGUCGAUCCGAAACUAUUCAUCAAGUACUUUUCUACUAAGUCCGAGAACGUGCCACUUGCGGCUGCUGUCGCGCUUGGCCGAGCAGGUGCUGGAAGCGUCAGCAAGUAUCUUCCCGUUAUCCUGUCAACUAUGGGACAACCCUCUUCUCCGCAGUAUCUCUUCCUACACUCCAUCAAGGAAAUCCUUCAGCACGACGAUACAGAGUCGGAGAUCAUUCCGUAUGCAUCAACACUUUGGCAGAAUCUUGUCGUUGCUUCUCAACUCGAGGACAAUAAAGCUAUCGGUGCAGAAUGUAUUGGCAGACUUACCAUCAUCGAUCCCAAGACUCAUCUUCCUCAACUUCAGGCGUUCUUGAACGACCGCAAAGGAAGCUUACGUGCUAUGGUCAUUUCUGCUCUACGAUACACCUUCACCGACACCGACGAAGCUUAUGACGAAUACCUCAAACCGAUUGUCGUACCUAUGCUGGUACAGAUGCUUAACGAGCCGGAUCUUGAGAACCGUCGUCUAGCUCUUAUGACAUUCAACUCUGCCAUGCACAACAAACCCGACAUCAUUUUACCUGCGCUAGACCAGCUGCUUCCACUGGCUAUGAAGGAGACCGUCAUCAAACCCGAGCUUAUCCGUGAGGUUCAAAUGGGUCCUUUCAAGCUCAAGGUCGACGACGGCCUAGAGAUCCGCAAGAGCGCUUACGAGACUCUCUACGCUCUUCUUGAGAAGGCUUUUGCACGGUUAUCACCCAUCGAGGUCUCAGACUUCUUCGACCGCAUUGUCGCUGGUAUCACUGACGAGCACGACAUCCGAAUCCUAUGCAACCUUAUGCUCACGAAGCUCAUGGUAAUCGCACCAGACCAGGUACGCUCGCGCCUGGAUUCGCUUGCAGAGAAUUUCCGCAUUGUACUUGCCGUCAAGCCCAAGGAGAACGCCGUUAAGCAGGAGAUUGAGAAGAUUCACGAGGGUGCUAAGGGUGUGCUCAAAGUGUCCAUUCAAAUCAACAAGCAGAUGGGUACCGAGGCUGGCGUAGGCCAGGACGACUCACAAUUACGUGUCUGGGCACAGUACUGGGAUCAGAUUCAGAAAGAGCAUGAGAAGGGUCUCAAGGCUGUUGCAGAGGAGCUCAAGGAGCGUGAUCGUUAGUGGUGAACGCCGCAAACGAUCAAGACGCCUGUAUCCUUCAUCUACCUUGACCAACACCACAUUGAAAUUUCCCUUCCUCAUGUCCUUAAUAACAGGAUGGAUUUGCACAGAAAUGUCCGAUUAUGCUCCUGUUCUCGAUUUUCAGACAGGGAAGACACUCCUGUGGGCCUGAUAAAACAUGAAGGAAUGUUCGAAUGCAUGACUCGAGAAGAGGGGAAUGCAUGGAUUAGAAGGAAGUAUUCCAUAAGCGCACAGACGCAAUGAAUCCAAAAACAUGGCAUCAUCGUAGCGAUCCAGAGUAAGCUACAUCAAGCAGUGUGACGUGAUGACAUACAAACAAGCCCGCUAUUCAUCAGUGGUACUAUAUGGACACUAUGCAUUACAGCUACACACCGUCAGAUAUUCUGUAUCAAGUUGGCGU